AUGCGACUUCUCCGGCUCCCUUCCUAGAUCCUGGCAAUGAAGUCUGUGAACCUCUGGUGGCUCUGUUUCGUCGUGUUUCAUGGCUCGUCGAGAGUUUACACAAGCGCUGAAAAACCCAAUAUCGUCAUUUUGUUUGCGGACGACGUAAGUACAAUAGUGUCUGUAGCUAGCACUGGCCGAGGCGAUCCCUGCGCCCGCGGUCUCUGUUCGUCCUCCAGUUAGGCUGGGGAGACAUCUCCUACUACGGCCACCCUACCUCCUCCACCCCGCACCUGGACCAGCUCGCCAGAGAGGGCAUGGUAUUCACUCAGUUCUACUCUGCAGCUCCAGUCUGCAGCCCGUCCAGAGCUGCUCUGAUGACCGGGCGGUAUCAGGUGAGAUCCGGGAUCUAUCCAAAGGUCCUUUUUCCCAACAGCAUUGGUGGACUGCCCCACAAUGAGACCACGCUGGCUGAGCUGGUGAAAUCCGUCGGCUACAACACGCUCACCUCGGGAAGUGGCACCUCGGAGUUGGAGAGAAGCAACAGUACCUACCCACCACCCAGGGCUUCGACUACUACCUGGGCGUUCCGUAUUCCACCGACAUGUGUCCGUGCGUUACCUGUUUCUACCCAGACGUCCAGUGCGCUCCACCUGGCUCAGAGGAGAGCUGCAAUGCUAGUGAGUCUGAGAAAGUCUAUACUCGUUUUUGAGAGAUCGGUUGAAAGAGAGCGCUGUGGCUAAUAGAAAUGGUGCCGUGUCCGCUGGUGGAGAAUGACACCAUACUGCAGCAGCCGGCCGAUCUGCUCACUCUCACCGAAAAGUACGUACAAGCGGCCAAAUCCAUCAUCAAAACUAACGCCGAUCAGUCUCAGCCGUUCUUCCUCUACUUUGCGUUCCAGCACACGCACCAGCCCCAGUUUGCCUCAGAAAAGUUCACCAACUCGACCCUGCGCGGACCGUUCGGUGACUCUCUGGCCAACCUUGACUGGGCUGUUGGAGAAGUCAUGUCGACGCUCAAACUCUAUGGCCUCGACGAUAACACUUUCGUCUUCUUUACCUCAGACAACGGGCCUGCUCAGAUUCAUGAGCGGAGAGGUGGCAAUGCAGGCCUCCUGCGCUGUGGGAAGGGCACCACGUGGGAGGGAGGAAUGAGAGAGCCAGCCAUUGCCCGAUGGCCGGGAAAAAUCAAGCCAGGCAAGACAACCGAGCUUGCAGCCACUAUUGAUCUGUUCCCGACUAUCGCGCGACUCACAGGAGCUGCCAUGCCCAACAAUGUCACCAUCGAUGGGAUAGACAUGUCGCCUUUCCUCUUUGGAAACGGCACGAGUGAUCGAGACUACUAUGUCUACUACUCGACUGAACCAGUCUCUGAGAUGGGACCGGCCGCUGUGAGGUGGACACACUACAAGGCCCACUUCCAUUCCAAGGGUGGACUGAGUCCCGACGUGUACCCGGACGAAGUCUGUCGUGCCAACUACCCUCUCCACUACUAUGAUCCUCCUCUCCUCUACGACCUGAACCAAGACCCUGGGGAGAUCUACAACCUCAAGCUGGACGAGCACGUUCAAGUCAUGGAGAACAUUGAAAAGAUCAGAGACUACUUCCAGUCAACGGUGGUGUUUGGAGUUAGUCAGGUGGACAGUGGAGUCAGUGAUGAUGCCGAGCUCUGUGCCAAGCCGGGCUGCUCCCCCUUCCCCAGCUGCUGCACCACUAAAACUCCUUCCUCCCACUGGGACACUUUCUAUAGACCACAUCCAUGAUUGAUGAAACUUGAUGUAUAUACAAUGAUUACUUUACAGAACCCAGAACCCUAUUCUAAGUUUGAUAUCUGUUUGUAGUAUAUAAUAAUUAUAGUGUUUGUCCAGCUAGCUGUGGUAGAUGUCCAGGUAGGUGUUGACUAUUUGAACUCUGAGACAGAAGGAGGUCAUGUGUGUGUCAGAGCACUCUCCACUCUCGUCUGCUGCCACUCCACCAAACAUGGCAUUAAACCAUGCACAUGAUGUCUCCUGCACUUUGUUCCCCACAGUCACCAUGAUCUCCAGUGAAUCCAGCUGGCUUUGGCUG